AUGAAUUAAGGAGAUAAUUUCAUGUAAUUUUUCAUCAUUAGAUAGUGAAGAACUGUUGGAUGGUUUUCGUAUAUCUGAAUGUUAAAGUGAAGGCAAUUAAAGUGCAUUCAAAAACUUAUUAAGUCAAAUAAAAGAACAACGAAAAUAACUGAGUAAUCAGUUAUAUUAAAAGCAACCCUAUUCAUAAGAAUUUUCCUUACAAGGUUCUACUUCCACAUAGUUUACUAUGAGCAGAUAGAGCUUUAAUGUUAACGAAGAGAAUUUAUAAUUUUAAAUUGAGAAAGAAACUCUGAAACAAAAUUAGCUAUAGAAUGUAAUUGAUACGAUUUUGAGAAAAAUAACCGAUAUUAAGAAGCACACGGAUUCUGUAUUAGAAUUAUUGUAAGGAUUUAAUAAAGAUAAUGAAGCUGCUCAACAAGAAGAAGUCCAAUCAAAUUAAUUACUUUAAUAAAGUAAAAAGAAUGCAAUGGAAGCCCAUGAAUAUCAUUCAUUAUUGAAAAAUGCAUAAAACCUACAAAAAUAAAUAUUGAUAGACAAACAUUCAUUAAUUUAAUAAGACAUAAAACAAUUAUAAAACGAAUACAUCGAAUAUAGGUAAAAAUAUUAACAGAAAAAUGAUAUAAUUUAAUAAUAAAGAUAAGAAAUAGCAGAACUUGAUUAGAAGAGAGCAAAAAUUCAACUUAAAUAGUAGGAAUAAUUAACUGUAAUAUGCUAUGCCAAUACUAUAAAAUUAUUAGACGAAAUGUUCAAUAAAGAUGAUCCUAAAAAUUUAUUUUAGUAUUAAUUUGAGCAAAGAUAACAAAUAAUUAGAUAAAAUAAAAAGUUGACAUAAUCUUAAGCUUAAUCUUCAAAUCCAGCUUCAGUUAUGAAUAUUUUUGCAACUUAAAUAGAAUAAGUAGAAUAAGAAACACUUGAAUCUCCAAAAUAAGAAGAAAAAGAAAGUGAUCUUAAAUUAAUAGAAUUGAUAAAAAAUCCUAAUAAUUAAUUGAAUGAGUUAGAUAUCCAAUAGGAUUUAAUAGCUUUUUCGGAUCUAGUAAUUCAAAAAUAUUAAGAGUAGAAGGAAUAGUUUGAUAGGCUAGGAUUUCAAUUUAUACAAUUAAAUGAAAAAAAGUUUGAGCUUCAGUAAAUUAUGAGAGAAACCAAUUAUUACAAAUAUCCUGAGACUUCAAAUGGUCUUUUGCAUAUAAAACUAUCAGAUAAUUACAAUAAUAAUUAGAUUACUUUAAAUAUAUUAUCAACAAGUGUUGAAUUGGAUCUUAAUGAAUAGAGAAAUGAGAACGAAGUAAAACGAGUAUAAAAUGCAGUUAUAAGGUUGUUUAAUUUUUUAAGAAAUCAUGUAUCAAGAAUGAAUCAUUUAGUUAAACAUAUAUAAGAAUUAAGUGAAUUGGUUCCAUCUCCUAUAUUUUUAGUUCUGGAAUAAUUGAAGAAUGCCUUAUACAUCAAUGAGAUAAUUAGAACACCAACUUAAAAGAAACCAUCUAUGUUAGCUACAACAAUUUUAGAAUAGAAAUAAGAAUUUGUUCAUGUUAAACAUACAAAAUUAUUAUCUUAGAAAUAAAUGUUAAAUACUGUUCAUAUACCUAAGAAGCAUGUUCAUUCUUCAAUCACAAAGUUUAAAUACUUAUAAAUUGUAUAAAGAUUCAUAAAAUCUCUUUUGUCUGAUGAAAUAGAAAGAUUAUUUAUUUAAUAAGAUAUGGUAGAUGAGUAAUUAAAUAAAUUAUUGAUUUAGAUUGACUAAAGAAGUGUAAAAGCAUUGUGAAGAGAAUGACCCCGAUGAAGAAGCGUUAAUGAGAUAUUUGGAAACAAAAAAAAUGUUCUUCAAACACCAUUUAUAACAAAGGACUGGAGGUAUGUUGAAGAAUGCUCUCUCGAAAUUAGGUGAAAUACAUAAGAAACUAAAAUUUUACAGUUAAUAAUGUAAUUAGUAUUUAAUUAAUAAUAGUGCGAUUAAAAGGAUUGGAUUUUGCUGAAGGAAAAUUUAAAAGUGGAUGUGCUUUUACUAGUAAUGAACUUCAAAUGAAAUCAUGCUAACGUACAGCAUCAAAUCAUUUUGUAUCAAGUUAAUAAUCUUUUGAAAAUGUCUCGAUUAAUCAUUCUGAACAUAGUAAACCUCAUGGAGGGAAAGAUGUAUUUCAUUUACUAAAAAAACUAACAAAUGUUAAUGAAAUGUAAGAAAUAGCAUAAUAGGACUCUGAAGAUGUAAAUAUAGCUUAUUUAUAUUAGAGUAUUGAUAAAGAAAGGGAUAGAUUGAAAAAGUAGUAAUACUUUAUUAAGAGUUAAGUAAAUACAAAAGAUAAAACAAUUAAGAACUUAGAUGAUGAUGUUUUUUAUAGAUUAAAUCCAUAAAGAAAGAAUCCAAACAAAGAAUUAAGAAAUUAGUUAGAAAUUUUGAGACAUAUGAGAAUAAGUAAUUAUAUUUUUAUAUUAAUUUAGGUGCUGCAAGAAGUAGCUGUUCUAUUGAUUAGGAUAUGAAAUCUGAAAUUUGGAAAAUGACAUGUCCUGUUUAGCCUAAUAAAAUAAAGCCUCGUAAAGAUACAUUUAGAAAAUUAUUUAAUUCUUCAGAAAAGAAAUAAGUUGAUCUCUAAUCUUAAAAAAAAAUACAGACUAGAUCAUUUUAAACAAAUCUGAAUUAAAUGCCUAGAAAUACAAAUACAGUUGGAGAUGAUGCGGAAGUAGUUUGGAAGAAAAAAUACAGAGCCAAAAAAAUAUUGAAUGCUAUAUCUGUAAAGGAAAGUUAGAAAGAGAAGUUUGGGUUUUUAGAAGUUAUUUGAUAAU